AUGAAAAAUUUAUAUUCAACAAAACUUAUUUCACGUUCAACAGGUUUUAUUGUUCCACUUGGAAUUCUAUUAAUUCUAUUUGGUGUUGCAUCAAUCACCCUAUCAUUUAUUGAUAUAUUUAAUUGUCGUUCAUCUUUAUCUAAUUCAUUGCCAAUCUCAAAGUCUGCCAAUGAAACUACAUUAAAUACCACUUGUAUCCAAAAUUCAUUUUCUGAACAAUCAAUAUGGCCAACACUUGGUAAAGGAAUAUGGGUUGGCCUCUUUUAUUUAACUGUUGGUAUUUUUUCUUUGAUUGCUUAUCGUGAAAAAACUUUAAUAUCAAUAAGAAUCUUAUCAUUGUUUGCUUUUAUUUCUGUUUUUCUGAGUUUUUUUCUAUUUCUAUCUUCAUUAAUCGUAUUUCAACGGUAUAUUAUUGAAGGUCGUGUUAGUGCUGCUCAAAGAACAUCAAUUGAACAAAAAGAAGUUGUACUUAAUGUCCUUCUUCUUGUUUGUGGAGUUUUAUCUUUAAUUAUUUCAUUAAUAUUAGCAAUUGGUACACUCAUUGCAGGAAAUUUUUGUCAACGGCAAUCGGAUGAUUUCGAGAAUUUCAAAUAUUCUAAUCAACAACUACCACCACCUGCCUAUUCUGCGCAACCUUAUUAUGGUUAA